AUGGGUUCUACCGCCGCUUCGUUCAGCUUGAUCGACGCCACCAUCGCUGACCUCCAACAUGCCCUCGCGGCAGGAUGCAUCACUAGCGUCGACCUGACAGCCCGCUACCUACACCGUAUCAGCGUGUACGACGCCGCGGGCCCCAAACUCAGCGCCAUCCCCAUCCUCAACCCGUCCGUCCUCGACGAAGCGGCCGCCUCGGACGCGCGCCGUGCAGCGGGCCUGCCCGCACGCCCGCUAGAGGGCAUCCCGUACCUGGUCAAAGACAGCAUCAAAGUCAAGGGCAUGACGGUCGCGAGCGGAUCCCCCGCGUUUGAAGGCCUCGUCGCGACGGAGGAUGCAGCUUGCGUGCAGAUCCUGCGCGAUGCCGGCGCCAUCCUCCUCGGUAGGACAAACAUGCCUGCCAUGGCGUACGGCGGCAUGCAGCGCGGGUCGUACGGUCGUGCUGAGAGCCCCUACAACCUUGACUAUCUGACCGCCGCGUACGGGUCCGGAUCCUCGAACGGAUCGGCGACCGCCACGGCGGCCAACUUUUGUGCCUUCAGCCUCGGCAGCGAGACCGUAUCGUCGGGCCGCUCGCCUGCCUCGAAUAAUGCCCUCGUCGCUUACACCCCGUCUAGGGGUCUGCUCCCCCUGAGGGGAGUCUGGCCGUUAUACCCAACGUGCGAUGUCCUCGUGCCGCACACGCGCACCAUGACUGACCUGUUCCACGUCCUCGAUGUGCUCGCUGUCGUUGAUGCAGCCCCCGCCGGCGACUUCUGGAACGAGCAACGCAUCGUCAAUCUCCCAUCCAUCGCCUCCAUCCGUCCAGCCCAUUUCCCCUCUCUGCAGGAUAGCUCCGCCUCCCUCCGCGGCAAGUGCAUCGGCGUCCCCACCAUGUACAUCGGCGGCGCGAAUCCCCUCCCCGAUAAGGUCAACACGCGGCCCUCGAUCUUGAAGCUGUGGGAAUCUGCGCGCCGCGCCCUCGAGUCCUGCGGUGCGACAGUCGUCGACGUUGACUUCCCCAUGAUGGAAAAGUACGAAGCCCUCGCCCACACGGGCCAGCUCGUGGCUGUCGACGGCCUCCCCGCAGACUGGCACUCCGUGGAGCGGUGCCAACUCAUCGCGCACGCGUGGGACGAUUUCUUGGCGCUCAACGCCCAGCCUGGUCUGCAGACUCUCGCCAACGUAGAUCCCGAGUCUAUCUUCCCGUUGGCGCCGGGGUCGCUGCCUGGGACGCCUGACGCGGCGAAUGCGCUGCGCUGGCAUGAGAUGGUCGCUUACGCUGGGGAUGAGAACAAGCCGUCGUCAAUCUAUGAGAUUCAUGGGCUUGACCGCGCGAUACCUGCGCUGGAGGCGGCUCGGGUGGAGACACUGGAAAAGUGGAUGGAGGAUCUAGGGCUGGACGCCGUCGUAUUCCCGGCGAAUGGCGACAUUGGGCGUGCGGAUGCGGACUCAGCGCCGGAGUCGUCGCUGUACGCUUGGAGUAACGGUGUCAAGUACUCCAAUGGAAAUAGGGUGUUCAGGCAUUUGGGCGUGCCGACGGUGUCGGUUCCUAUGGGGUUGAUGGAGGACACCGACAUGCCGGUCAAUUUGACUUUCGCGGGUAAGGCGUAUGGAGAUAUAGAUCUGCUGCGGUACGCGUUUGCGUUUGAAGACGCCACGAGGUUUCGCGCUGUGCCGCCGCUUGUUCCGCAGCUGGCGUCUGAUCUGAUUUCUAAUGCGGCACGAGCUCCCGGUUCUGGCGAGAUGCCGCGGAUGGACGUCUGCAAGCAGCACAAGGAAGUCACAGGGUCGGCGGUGCAUCUGGAUGUACAGGGGACGGUUGAGGUCGGCCAUGGAGCGGCACUCACGGGGUUGGUGUGCUAUGUGAAUGGGGAAGAAGUUGCGGCGAAGGUCGACGACAAUCAGUUCACUCUGACAGCCACGUAUCCAGCGUCGACGCGUGAUAUCCCGUGGAAACGCUGGACCAGUCCCGCCCUGACACAGACGAUUGUCACACUUGUGGCGCGGACCAGUACGGGCCUGGAGACUGGGAAACUUUUGCUGCUGUAG